AUGGCAGGGACAUGCUCAAUACUUUGUGUGGUCAUAAUCACCUUGUUUUUGCCUCCUCUCGGUAUUCUUCUCAUUUCAGGCUGCAGCGCAGACUUUCUGAUCAAUAUCCUCCUUACGAUUUUAGGAUACUUUCCGGGCCAUAUCCAUGCCUUCUACUUGGAAUACGUCUACUAUAAGCACCGCAAUGCAGACUACAAAACUCCCUUGAGUCGCGAUGUCCCUGGGGUGUGUUCAGAACGGAUCCAGACCGGUGGACGCCCUGACCGCACCUACGACACCGUUUGA